AAAGCCAUACUCCACAUGAAGAGUAGGAGCCACUGCUGCACUGACCAGUUUGACAACUUAGAAAAACACACGCAGUGGGGUAUUGAUGUUCUGGAAAAAUACAUCAAGUUUGUAAAAGAAAGAACAGAGAUUGAACUCAGCUAUGCAAAGCAGCUUCGGAAUCUUUCAAAGAAAUACCAACCCAAGAAGAACUCCAAAGAAGAGGAGGAAUACAGGUACACAUCAACUAGAGCCUUCCUAGCCACUUUAAAUGAAAUGAAUGACUAUGCCGGACAGCAUGAGGUCAUUUCAGAGAACAUGACCUCUCUUAUCACUGGAGAGUUAACACGCUAUGUGCAGGAGCUGAAACAAGAGAGGAAAUCGCACUUCCAUGAUGGCAGAAAGGCACAACAACAUAUUGAAACUUGCUGGAAACAACUUGAAGCAAGUAAAAGACGGUUUGAACGUGAUUGCAAAGAAGCUGAUCGAGCACAGCAGUAUUUUGAGAAAAUGGAUGCUGACAUCAAUGUUACAAAAGCAGAUGUUGAAAAGGCGAGACAGCAAGCCCAGCUGCGACAUCAAAUGGCAGAAGACAGCAAAGCGGAAUAUUCUUCCACUCUACAGAAGUUCAACAGUGAGCAGCAUGAUCAUUACUACACACACAUACCAAACAUCUUCCAGAAAAUACAAGAGAUGGAAGAAAGAAGAAUCGUGAGGAUAGGUGAAUCCAUGAAAACUUUCGCAGAGGUCGACCGUCAAGUGAUCCCUAUCAUUGGAAAGUGUCUGGAUGAAAUAACAAAGGCUGCAGAAUCAAUUGAUCACAAGAAUGAUUCACAGCUGGUAAUAGAAGCCUUUAAAUCGGGGUUCGAGCCUCCGGGAGAUGUCGACUUUGAGGACUUCACGCAGCCAAUGAAGCGGACUGUCUCGGAAUCCAGCCUUUCCAACUCCAGAGGGGAUGGGAAGUCUGAGCUGAAGUUUGGUGGCAAAUCCAAGGGCAAGUUAUGGCCGUUCAUCAAGAAAAAUAAGUCUCCCAAGCAGCAAAAGGAACCCCUCUCCCAUCGCUUCAACGAGUUCAUGACCUCCAAACCCAAAAUCCACUGCUUCAGGAGCCUAAAGCGCGGGGGAGCAGGGCCAGAGGACUUCAGCAAUCUACCACCCGAGCAAAGAAGAAAGAAACUGCAGCAGAAAGUUGAUGAACUAAACAAAGACAUACAGAAGGAGAUGGAUCAAAGAGAUGCCUUAACGAAAAUGAAAGAUGUGUAUAUCAAGAACCCACAGAUGGGAGAUGCAGCGAGUGUGGACCACAGAUUAGCAGAACUUGGACAGAACAUUGAAAAGUUACGAUUAGAAGUUCAGAAAUUUGAGGGCUGGCUGGCCGAGGUGGAGGGCAGGUUACCCAUGCGGACUGAGCAGGCCCGGCGGCAGAGCGGACUGUAUGAAGCCCAGAACACCUCAGCAGUGAACAGCUGUGCGCAGGACCGGGAGAGCCCAGAUGGCAGUUACACAGAAGAGCAAAGUCAGGAGACUGAGAUGAAAGUACCAGCAACGGAUUUUGACGAUGAAUUUGAUGAUGAAGAACCACUACCCACCAUAGGAACAUGUAAAGCGCUCUAUACAUUUGAAGGUCAGAAUGAAGGAACAAUUUCUGUAGCAGAAGGAGAAAUGCUCUAUGUAAUAGAAGAAGACAAAGGUGAUGGGUGGACACGAAUCCGAAGGAAUGAAGAUGAGGAGGGCUAUGUCCCUACGUCUUAUGUUGAAGUCUAUUUGGACAAAAAUGCCAAAGGUGCUAUGACUUAUAUUUAAUACUACUUCUUAUUAUUAUUACUUUAUUUGCUUUCACAGAGAUACCCAACUCUGAAACUGCUCUGUGUUGCAGAUAGAGCCUUUUAAAAGCCUGUACAAUGCCACAAGGUGCAUUACUUUGUACAUGGACUAAUAUGGCUUGCUGUACUGCAAAACAUGCUUUUCAUUGAUCAGAGAACGAUGGCAUGGUAGACCAUAAAGCUAGAGGGGAGAUGCAGCCUUUCCUAGACAGUGCUUGUUCAACUGUCACUGCCGUUGCAUGCCCGGCUUAGUGCAGGAAACACAAAGCCCUCUGGAAUAACACGGGCUCCCUCAGAUACCAGGUGGCAUCUCAGACACAUUCACAAGUCAGCUGUUUGUCCCAAACUGAUCCAGUGGAAUGUUACAUAGGAAAUAUUCAGGCUGCUGUUUGGUGUCUCAGUGUGGUAGUGUGUCAGAGCCCAAUGUGUUCUGUGGACCUUUUGGAUUGAAACCUGGUCGUCAUUUAGUGUGUUUGGAAAGGGAAGGCGAGAUCUUGCCAAAACCUAUCUACACAGUACUCUGUGGUCCUUGAUAAAUUGGUAAAACAUUAAGAAAGUUCCUCUAUUCUUUCCCACCAUGAUACAUUUCAGAAGAUGUAUUUGAAGAAGAUGUUUCAGAUGACCAUAACUAAUGGUUUAAUCUUUUGCUCCCACGAGAUCAAUGGAGACAUUCAGAGCUUACACUUGGCGAUCUUCUGUUUUGUUGUUGCUUUUAACCCCUCACAAAUAGGUGUGUUUUGUAAGCAAGCAGUGCUGCAGGGGAAUCCUGGGUAGAAUAUAUGCUAGCACCACGAACACCUGGUAAUGUAAUGCACCAAGAAGUCAAAACAUUUUAGUCCUGUUUGAAAUCAGGAUGUGUUUGAAGUCCACUGUUAAAUAACUUCUGUGGGUUUUUUCAGUCACUUAAUCCUUCAGAUAUUGUUGUCUUUCCUAGACUUUAGAGCUCUUGGUGUGAAACAAGCUGCCUCAUCCGAUGUAAAAGAAAACAGAGCCAUUCUCAUUGGGAUUUACAGACAGUAGAAGAGAGGAGUGGGACUGUCUCUGUAAACAAACACUAUAACUUGAUCAGUUCACUGUCUUGGAUUCAGUAUUAAACAGUGCAGUGCCUUGUCUGCUGCAGAUGGAAGUCUAGGGUCCUGUUUUAUUUUGCCACAAUACGGUAGUUUUAUGUUUGUGUUGGCAAAUACAUGGUCAGUUGAGAUGCAAAAGAGUGCAAAAAGCUCAGCUCCUCUGUCGGCUUUUAUCAACCUUUGGCAGAGGAGCGUGGAUUGUACAUUCUCCUUCAUCAUAUUCAGAACAAGGCAAGAAAGCACAGAGUGGGAGAUCCCAUCUCUUACCCCUGUGUUCUCUCCUAUGGAGAUUGACUGCUUUGUGUGUGGCAGUAGUUGAAAGCAACAUUAUUAUUCUGCUGGAAAAUUUGUUGUUCAGCAGUGUAGGCUGCUUGAAACAGCCACGCUAGUGUGGGAUCUAAAUCUGUCUGAAGUAACAAGCACGGCUCGCCUGCCCUCAGAUACGCAGCGUGGUUCACAUCAGUGGAACGUUACAGCAAAUCACCUAUUUACGAGCAGAGCAGCAGGUUGGAUGGGAAGCGAAGCAAAGCAUGUCCCUGGGAGGGGUGAGAAUCCUGAGACAGUCCUGCUGACUGAAGUAGCAAAAGUCUUUAAUUUACCCUUCUGGAGAGAAUAUUGCAGGAGUACAGCAACACCGGCCAGAAAAUCGUGUUAGUAUGUUAAUGGUGCUAUGUAAGUUAUAGGGUGAUGCUGAAUGACGGUAAAAACGCAGUCUGUGCUGGGAGAGUAGGCUGAUAGAGCUGCAGCCACUUCUAUAGCAACGAUGGAGGCUUUUCAGAUCCUUUAAAGUUUUUUCCAUUAAUUUUGCUGGACUUCAGGAACAGAAUCAAAUGUGUCUGUGAAUAUCUAAUGUAAAGGAACUAUAAUAUUUACCUCUUUUGUUUCUCAUUUCUCUGGUUAAAAAGAAAAGCUAAAAUAGAACUUCCAUAAAAUGCCACAGUAGCAGUAUAAAGAUUUGGGGGAAGUGCUACUGUGUUUAAAAGACAAACUUAGUUGCAAGCUGCAAUAUUUUCAUUUGAUUUUUAGUAUAUUAGAAGUGACUUUAUUCAAUCCUUGAAACAGAAGCUGCAACAUUCCUGAAAAUGACCCUGUAAAUACUAAAGCAUAUACAAACUUCAGUAGUUCUUUGCUCUUUUUGGAAGGAAGUUUGAGCAGCUGGUACCUCUUAACUGCUUGUCGCAUGGAGGGUGGGAGCAUUCGCACCAGCUCUGGGGACAUUUGUGACUCUUCUAGGCAGCAGACUCAGCUCUGGCUCGGGCGUACCUGCCUGACCAGGUUGUGCCGGUGCCGUGAGCCGGAGGCCGCUCUGCUGAGAAAUGCAACUGCUAAAUGCCUUGUGAAAAGCUGCUCGGCAGCUGGUGAGCUUUUUUCAGUCAGCUGGAGCCUGUGUUGUCAGGGCUCUGCUGCCGAACCCGAGAUGAACAGGACAGGUAAGUCGUGUGCUGCAGCCACCCUCCUGAUCGUAGUCUUCAUGGGAGCCAAGCUAGGGCUGCGUACUCCCACAAAUACCUGUGUGAGGGCUGUUUGUAAAGUUUACAGUGGUACCUCUGGUCAGAGGGUGUUAGCAAACCCUAUCCCAAAAAAAGAACAGUAAUGUCUAUCUUGUUUUGCCUUUUUUUUUU